AUGUUCUUCCCCAACAAGCUACUGCACUACCUGGUGCUAGCAUUCCUUCUUACCUCUGUCUUCGCAGCAUCAGCUACCAAGGAGCAUCAUGCAUCAGCUUUGAAGGAUGUGCCCCCUGGUGAAACUGCUCCCUCUGGCCCAACUCGCCCUGGAACCCCUGCCAACUGUGUUAAAUGGUACACGGCCCAGCUUGGAGAUACUUGCGGCCAGGUCACUCUUCUUUUUGGCAUUUCUCUCGAGGACUUUUACAAGUGGAACCCGUCUUUGAAAGCGGACUGUGAAACUAAUUUCUGGGCCAAGUAUGCGUACUGUGUUGGUGUUGGGGACGUCCCUGUGCCUACCACCAGCACCAGCACUGCUAGCACCAGUACCACUUCGUCUAGCUCAUCCACUUCUUCCAAGUCAUCUACCUCGUCUGGAUCGAAUGGCUCUUCUAGUUCGACCAGUUUGUCUAGCUCGUCUACGUCCAGUUCGGCCCAUUCCACCAGCUCGUUGCCCUACUCGACCAGCUCCUUUGGCUACACGUCCACAGAUUCUAGUGACACCGACAGCUCUACGGCUACCUCUUCCACUACUAAGCCCGCCAGCUCUGUUCCUGUCAUCACAACCAGCGGACCACCUUUCGGCAGCUACACAAUCAUCAACCCCAUAACAACGCCCAGUCCGUCCCCAUACCCGACUCGCACGAACGACACUUGGCCUCCGACGCACACGAUGCCGGGCCAGCCUGACUACUGCAACAAGUGGCAUAAAGUCGUGGCUGGUGAUACGUGCGACACGAUCCAGUCGCGUUAUGCUGUUUGGUGUUCGUAUGAUCAGCUGCUAGAAUGGAACCCAGGCCUCGCUGUGGAUUGUGAUUAUCCUUUUAUUGACUGGUGGGUGUGUGUUGGUAUCGUUCCCCGGACCACAUUGUCAUUUGACUACCCUACCGGAUACAACAAUGGCUCAAUCCCAGAGCCCACAGUCCAUACGCCCACGGAGUUUCCUACGAACCUUCCUACCUGGACGGCUUCACCCACUCAGGACGGACUGGCGACCGGCUGCCAGGCGUAUUACCAGGCUGAAAAGGGCGACACCUGUUCGAGCAUCCUGAAACAGUACUACUACCUGACCGAGAAGGAACUUCACGACUGGAAUCCCGCGCUCAAGGACGACUGCUCGGGUAUCUUGGCGGGCUACUACUACUGCGUCGCAGCCUUCCCCAAUGGUCAGCACCACGCACCGCCAACCGUGACCGGCGCGCCAUCCCCUACAGACACAGACACAGUCAAGGAGUGCACUGCUUGGUACAAGGCAACGGCGGACGACAGCUGCAAUUUGAUCGCCUUGAAGUUCGGCACCUUCUCGGCUGAGCAGUUUAUCAAGUGGAACCCGUCCGUCUUCCAGACUUGUAAUGGGUUGCAGAAGGAUCAUUACUACUGCGUCGCAGUCCCUGACACCCCAACAACUCCCAUAGGUCCCCUUCCAACCGCAUCGCCAACCUCCCUACUACCGCGUCAACCAAAUGUCAUAAAGACAUGCACUUUCUUCUGGCCUGUCUCGAUUGAGGAUACAUGCGAGGACAUUGUCGCUGCAAAUGCGAUAACCAUGGACGAGUUCCUCCACUGGAAUCCCGACCUAGUGGACAAGGACGUCGGAAAAGAUGUAUGUGCGAACCUUCUUCCCGGAUACGAUGUAUGCAUCGAGGCGCCAGGCGCGGGUAGUGGCAGCACAUACAUCGAUUCCUCUUCUGCGAUCCCUUCGCCAUCUAGAUCCCUCUCCAUGGCGAUCAAGACUCGGACAUCGACGCCUGUCAUCACCAAGGUGGCUGGGUCGGUGAAGACUAUUGCCCCGGCUGAGAAGUCCAAGGCAUAG